CGUACCGCUGCAGUGUUUAUGUCACGCUACUUCCUGGUGCUUUUCGAAGUAAACUUCAUACAUUUGGACUUGCCAUAUAUAUUUUCAGCCACUCCUUGUAGAUUCUGUAAAGUGAAUGAUUAGGUACCUAUGGAGAAGAAGGCUAAAAAGACUAGAAUGUUUCGAAAUUCAACCCGAGGCAGCUGGCGAGCAUGUUUACAGUACUUCCGAUAGGAACUUCAUCUGCUGUAGUAUGAAUGUGUUGUGCUAAAUGCGGGAGUUCUGUUUUAUGGGUUGAUGUCCAUCAUGAAGAAGAGAUCCAGUCGAGCAGUAGAUCCAGAUGAGCUUCUGUGCUGUUGUGAGUACAUUGACCGUCACGGCAGUCGCAGUCACAUGGUGGCAUGUUGCUGUGAUUGUGAGGAUUUGGAUGAAGCUUGUGACAGAUGGAUGAACAAGGAGCCUCAAAACCCAGACUCUGUGUCUCGGGCACUGGCCACCAUCAAUGACCGUCUGCGGGUGCCUUGGAUAUCCGGUGCCCGACAAAUAGACAUAUCACUCAUCCCUCCUCUCAUUCUGCUGCCCGUUUCUUUGCACAUUGCAGCUUUGCACUACCUGCUGGGUAUUACAAUGCUGACAGUCAUGCCCAUCACUGUCCUGUGGUAUUAUUUCUUCACACACCGAAAGAAAGGACGCACUCUAUUCUUCCUCGGCCUCGCUCUGUUCUCCCUCUUCUACAUGUUCUACCUGUUCCUCACGCAGGUGGUUCCUCGAGGGGAAGUCAAUGAGCUCCAGCUGGCUUUGGUGACUGCUGGUGUCGCUCUCACUGUUAUUUUCCUCAUGCUCACCAAAAGAGGGCCAGGUUUGGUCAGACCUCGUCUAUCUGAGACUCACAGUACAGUGACGUAUCACAACGCUCCGCCUGAUGUAGAUGGGGUUUAUCUGAAUGGAGCCCGACAUCAGGUGGUCAUAGGCAGUCGGGUCACUUCAUCUGAACACACUAGUGAAGCCGGUACAGGAGAAGGAAAGGGCAUUCAGAAGAGGAACUGGUGUGCUGUGUGUAAGGUGGUGCGUCCUCAAAGAGCCGGACACUGCAGGAUCUGUGGGGUCUGUGUACUGAGGCUGGAUCAUCACUGUGUCUGGAUCAACAGUUGUGUUGGACUGGCCAAUCACCGCACUUUUCUUCUGACGCUGCUCUUCUUCCUGCUGACAUCGAUUUACGGCAUCAGUCUGGUUCUGGCAAGUGUGUGUCCUGAUCAGAGAGUCUUGACUGCACUCUUCUACUGUCCCAACGUCUACAGUCAAUACAGUUCUGCUCUGUGCUUCACCUGUGCCUGGUACAGCAGUAUCGUGACUGGAGGUUUGCUUCACCUGCUGCUCCUGCAGAUCCUCAACAUCAGCCUGAACGUGACGGAGCGAGAGGCACGUCUGGCCCUGAGAGAGAAGAGCGCUCAAAGACGCCUCUGGGGUCUCAUCGUCUACACCGGCCAUUAUUCCAGAGGAUUCUGGAGCAACUGGACUGAGUUCUUGACUAUGACUGAAGAUACACAGCCAGCAGAGCACAAAGCACAAGAUCUGGUGUAGAAACUGAGUGUUUAUACAGUGACCAGCAGGAAUGAGUACAUUAUAUUUUUAAACUUUUUUGAGAAUAUGGAAUUACAGUUUCAUUAAACAGUUCUAUUUAUUAACAUAACAAUGUGGUGACUUAACAUCUUUAGGAUAAGGAAAAUAAUUCAUAAAUUCUUACAACUCUUCUUUUUCUUGAUUUGUUUUGAAAUUAUUUUGAUAGUUUAGUUGAAGAUUAGUACCUGUUUUGGCUGUGGUACUGAAUAAUCUUAUGGAAAAUUUGUAAUCCAAAUUUGCACAAAUAUAUCUCAUUGUAUGGCAUUCCAUUGAAAGAAUUAAAGGGUUCCCCCAAAUAUGAAAAUUCUGCCAUCAUUUACUCACCCUUUUUUCUUCUGUUGAACUCAAGGUAUUUGAAACAACUGUGGAAACCUGUUCACACUGAAUUCUGUAGUAUUUGUUUCUCCUAUUAUGGAUGUCAAUGGCUACUAGCAGCCCCUCCAGGAUUUUGUAGGUCCAAAUAGAUCUUGAUUUUAAUAGAUUAUUUGUAUUUCACAGAAAAAUGAAGAGUUAAAGGUGAGUAAAUGAUGACGGGGAAGAUUUGGGUGAACUAUCUCUUUAAUUUAAAAGUGAGAUGGGUAUUUUGCAGAGACAUUUUAGGAUGUACUUGUUUGUGCUGGGCAGUGAAGUAUCAUGUUGCGCUACUUAAUGCCUUCAACAUUGGUUCCAGGCUCAGUCAGUUUUCUGGCUCCGCUGGAGGUCCUCCUCAGAGUCAGCAGAUGGCAGUGUUGUAGUGUUACGUGUCUGUCACAGCGUUGUUACUCAGGUGAGGAUCAGUGUUUACAAAUCUGUUCUUAUUAAUUAGUUUUUCUAAUCCUUUACAUUGUUGAUUACAAUAAAAAAAACUUUGGAUUUGCAGCUUUGGAAAGACUUUAGACAACUUGAAAAUUCUCUGGAUUUAGUAGUGGAUUUUUUUUUAUUUUAUU